GAACCUUGUACCUUGUCUCGCUCCGAUAACGCAUUUGCGUCUUUGCGGACGUUGUGUCAAUGCUCCAGAUUGGAAGUUUACCUCUUCUAGCGGCGUAAAUAUACUUUUAUACUGGUGUACAGUUUUAAGUGUAGAGUUGAUGUAUUAUCUAACGACGGCAGUACGACAAGGGAGCUCUUCAUCAUUGCCCUUCGUAAACCUGUCGAGAUUAUCGCUUCACAGGUUGCCCACAAUGUGCGCAAUGGAAUACGAGGACGGAGCGAAUACGCUCAAGGAAAUGGGCAAGAACCUUGAAUUGGAUUCCGUACCGAGGCGUACUCCUACAACCAGGGAAACCUCGGGACUUGACAAAGGGGCGUCAGGACACAUAGCUGUAGGGAAAAACGACCCUGAUUACGUUCUGAAUACUCCUCGAGGAGCUGUGUGCAUCAUCAUCGAUGUUAGAAACCCUACACACGUUACGAUGCCGGACUCUCGCAAAGGACCGAUACCCAUAGGGAAACGUCCUGACAGCUCACUUGCGGACAAGCUGCAACGUACAUUUGAGCAGUUGUCAUUCCAGGUCAAAGUUCAUGUUGACCCAGCGAAAGAGGAGUUGUUUAAAAUUCUGAAAGAAGAGGCGAAGGACAACUGGGACGCGGUGAUCUGUUGUUUCCUGACAUUUGUGCAUCCGCUGAAUGAUGACCUGUGCACCAAGGACGACUCCGUGAGCAUCAAAGACCUCACGGAAACUUUUAAUGGGGCAAACGCUUCAAACCUCCUGGGCAAACCCAAGCUGUUUCUCGUCCACACGUCGAAGAGAAGCCAAGAAAUAAGCGUAUGCAGAACAUUCAGUGACACGUCGUCGAGAUAUACGUUGCCCGUUCAGUCUGAUUUCUUCAUCUGCGUCUCGGGACAGCAAACAGAAGGCAAAGGGGCUACCGAUGCAUUCAUCGAACAUUUCUGCGAAGUAAUCGACAAGUCUGCCAAGUCCAAGGAACAACAGGAGUUUACAGCGUUACUCCGAGAAGUGAACAGAGAACUUCUGCAUGCUGCAGUCGACAAGAGUGAUAUUCGGUUGCCUUCCCACAUAUCAAGCCUCACAAGGCGGUUGUACUUCCGCAAGGCGUCUGAGCAGUCCGGAUCUUCAACGAAAGUUCCAGGAACUGAGGACAUCAAGAAAAAGACAACCAUGCACGGAACCCUGAAAGGAAGUCAGAAAGAACUUUUAGAGAUGACGUCGACACCGGAGCAGCCCUGCUCUUCCUGACGCAGAUAUGGAAUCCAUCUGCAAAGGAUCAAUACGUUAACUAUCGAUAUAAUAGAUUCGCGUAUGUUGAAUAUACAGUGUCAUUGACUUGACGUCGAACAUGCGACAACCAUGCUCUUUCGAUAAUCCAUGAUAUGGUACGAAUAAAUACGUCUAUAUUGAGAAUUGUUAUUGAAUAAAAUAAGGAUUGAUAGCGGUA